AUGGAUUUGAAGUUGAAAGAUAAACUCGUGGUGGUGACCGGCAGCACUGGCGAUGGCAUUGGCAAGCACAUUGCCGAAGAGUUGUUCCGACAAGGAGCGUACGUGGUGAUUAAUGGUCGCAGCCAAGGCUCGGUGGACAAGACAAUCGCCGACAUUACCAAGAGCAACGCAAGUGUGGCAGAAGACGCCUCUACCAAAUUGAUUGGAGUUCCGGGAGAUGUCUCGAGUGAAGAAGGCUCUAACAAGUUUAUUGCCGCUCUGGAGGAAGUGGAAACCAAAAUUGGCACCAAACUCUACGGACUGGUCAAUAAUGUGGGAAUCUUUGAAGCCAAGGAAUUUACCGAGAUUGCCGAUGACAAAUGGAUCGAGUAUUAUCAAACCAACACGAUGAGUGGAGUUCGAUUGAGUCGUCACUUUUUGCCACUCAUGAAAGAACGCAAUGAAGGACGCAUUCUUUUCAUUAGUUCCGAAUGUGGACUGCGACCGUUGCCGCACAUGUUACCCUACGGUGUCAGCAAGACAUCGCAAAUUGCGUUAGCGCGUGGAUUGGCCGAAAUGACCAAGGGAACCGCCGUCACGGUCAACUCCAUCUUGCCUGGACCCACCAUGACGGGAGGGGUGCGCAAGUACAUGCAAGAAUUUGCCGAAAUGCACAAGAUUGCUUCCAUGGAAGAAGCCGUGGCGACGUACUUUAAAGAUGCCGAACCCACAUCGUUGCUCCAACGAUUCUUGGAUCCCAAUGAAGUUGCUGCCGUUACCGUCUUUACGCUGUCACCCUUGGCGGCGGGAGUCAAUGGAGCCUGUCAAAUGGUUGAUGGUGGAGUUGUGCGGCAUAUCUAA